UCCCAAAAGUAAUGAAUGCAGCUGUGGACUCUUUCCAUCAGAAGAAAAGGACAUUAUCAGGUAAGCAUAAUUUGUUAUAUAAUUAUAAAAAAAAUUUCUUCUUCAGCAAAGUUUGGUGCCAAUGCCAUCUUGGGUGUGUCUCUGGCUGUGUGUAAAGCUGGUGCUGCUGAAAAAGGGGUCCCUUUAUAUCGUCAUAUUGCUGACCUUGCUGGAAACCCUGAAGUCAUCCUUCCUGUGCCGGCCUUCAAUGUGAUAAAUGGUGGCUCCCAUGCUGGAAACAAGCUAGCCAUGCAAGAAUUCAUGAUCUUACCUGUGGGUGCCAGCAGCUUUAAGGAAGCAAUGCGCAUUGGUGCUGAAGUUUACCACAACCUGAAAAAUGUCAUCAAGCAGAAAUAUGGGCAGGAUGCUACCAAUGUUGGUGAUGAAGGUGGCUUUGCCCCCAACAUUCUGGAGAACAAAGAAGGUGUGAAUAUAAUGAAUACUUGCAUUGAGCGAAUUUCAACUGUAGCACAACAUUUAGCUCUGCACAGUCCAAUUAUCUGCUGUAAUCAACAGUCACUGUUGUGACCUAUCUCCAUUGAA